AUGAGACGGUCGUUUAGUUUAAUAAUUGCCAUUUUAUUGACCUCUGCCAAUGCCACAGAGAAAGUGCGUAGAAGCUACAUUGGAGGCAGAGGCAAUGGCGGGGGAAGAAGAUUUGGCUUCGGAGGCAGCGGUAGUUUUGGCUUUGGAGGCGGUGGUAGUGGUGAUGUAAUCAAGGUUGACUUUGAAAGAGGUGUGGAAGCUAUCCGCGAAGGUUUAUACGGCAUACGAGGAAAUGGUAAAGUUCAUGAAGACUCUAGCUAUGUUGGGGCAGGUCUAAAUGGUGGGAUUGGCAGAGGUAGUGGCUUAGGCGGAGAUAAUGGUGGAUCUGGAGGCAUAGGCGCUGGCAAUGGAGAAUCGCGAGCAUCAAAAGUAAAUUCAGCAGUUGACUUCGGAGACAGCAUUUUUGCGGAUUCAGGCCGUGGACACAGUGAAGAACCAGGAAGCAAUAGAAAAGGAAGCUAUGGCAGUGAAAGAACUUUCGAAAUUGGUAGCAGUGGGUCCAGUGGUGAACUUGGAGCUGAUGUUGGUGGGGGCCUAGGUGGAGGUUAUACAGGAGGAUCUAGUAGAGGUGGAAAAAAAAGUAUUUCCAGUGGAGGUUCAGAUCUUGUAGGAGGUAGGGAUUUAGACGUAGGAAGUGGUGGUUCUGGAGGCUUAAGCGCCAACCAUGAAGGAUCCGGAGAAUUUAGAGGAAGUUUAGAUGGUGGGUUCGGCGGCAGCAUUCAUAAAGGCAGUGGACUCGGUGGAGGAUUUGGAAGCAAUGAAAAAGGAGGCUAUGGCAAUGGAGGAGCUUUCAACAUUGGUGGCAGUGACUCCAAUAGUAAACUCGAAGUUGGCGUUGGUAGAGGUUUAGGUGAAAGUUAUAUAGGAGGAUCUGGUACAGGUGGCAAAGAAAGCCAUUCCAGUGGAGAAGCAGAUUUUGUAAGAAGUAGGGGCUUAGGCGUAGGAAGUGAUGGUUCUGGAGCGUUAAGUGCCAACCAUGAAGGAUCUGGUGUAUUAAAAGGAAGUUUCGAUGGUGGCUUUGGGGGCAGUAUUCAUGGAGGUCUAGGCAGUGAACUCGGUAGAGGAUCUGUAAGCUACGAAAAAGGAAGCUAUGGCAGUGGAGGAGCUUUCGACAUUGGUGGUAGUGGCUCCUAUGGUGAACUCGGAGUUGGCGUUGGUGGAGGUCGACGUGGAGGUUCUACAGGCGGAUCUAAUAGAGGUGGAAAAGAAAGCCAUUCCAGUGGAUGGGCAGAUUUUGUAGGAGGUAGGGGUUUAGGCGUAGGAAGUGGUGGUUCUGAAAGUCUAACUGCCGACCAUGAAGGAUCUGGAGAAUUAAGAAGAACUUUAAAUGUUGGCUUCGGAGGUAUCAUUUAUGGAGGUCAAGGCGGUGGACUCAGUGGAGGAUCUGAAAGCAAUGUACAAGGAAGCCUUGACAGUGAAGGAACAGGUUUUGGCAGCAUAGGUAGCAGAUUAAGCGGUGGGAUUGGCGGAAGUUCAAGCAGUGGCCUCGGUGGUGUAUCUGAAAGCUAUGAAAAAGGAAGCCAUAGUAGCGAAGGAGCAGGUUUUGGUAACAGUAGCAAUGAACCGAGGAAUAGCAUUGGAGGAGGUUCAAGCAGUGGACUCGAUAGUGAAUCUGAAAAGAAUGAAAAAGGAAGUCAUCCUAGUGGAGUCGUGGGUUUUGGAAACAGUGGCAGUGGAUCUGACGACAAUCUCGGAGGAGGCAGUGGAGGAGAUAUAAGAGGUCCACAGGGGUUAAAAAGUAAUGAAAAGGAAAGCCAUGGUAGUGGGGGAGCAGGCUUCGGCAACAUUGGUGGUGGAUCUAGUGGCAUCCUCGAAGGAGACAGUGUAGAAAGUUCAAGCGGUAUACUUGCUAGUGGAUCUGAAAGCAAUGGAAAAGGAAGCCUUAGCAGUGAAGUAGCAAGUUAUGGUAGCAUAGGUAGCGGAUCAAGCGGUGGGAUUGGAGAAAGUUCAAGUGGUGGAUACGGUGAUGUAUCUGAAAGCUAUGAAAAAGGAAGUCAUAGUAGCAAAGGAGCAGGUUUUGGUAACAGUGGCAAUGAACCGAGGGAUAGCAUUGGAGGAGGUUCAAGCAGUGGACUCGAUAGUGAAUCUGAAAAGAAUGAAAAAGGAAGUCAUCCUAGUGGAGUCACGGGUUUUGCAAACAGCGGCAGUGGAUCUGACGACAGCCUCGGAGGAAGCAGUGAAGGAGAUUUAAGAGGUUCACUCAGUAGUGAAUUAGAAAUCAAUGAAAAACAAAGUCAUGAUAGAGCAGUAGCAGAAUUCAAUAACAGAGACAGUGAAUUUGGUGGUAGGCUUGGAGGAGAUUCAAACAGUGAUCUCAGUGGUGGAUCUCAAAGCAAUAUAAAAGAACACUUUGGCAGCGCAGAAGCAGGAUAUGGCAACAUACGUAGUGAAUCGAGCGAUGGAAUUGGAAAAGUCUCAAGCAGUGGACUCGUUAUUGCGUCUGAAACCAAUAAAAAAGGUAGCCUUGGCAUUAAGGGGGUAGGUUACGGCAGCAUAGGCAGCGAAUCGAGCAGUGGAAUUGGAAAAAUUUCAAGCAGUGGACUCGGUGGUGUAUCUGAAAGCUAUGAAAAAGGAAGCCAUAGUAGCGAAGGAGCAGGUUUUGGUAACAGUGGCAAUGAACCGAGGGAUAGCAUUGGAGGAGGUUCAAGCAGUGGACUCAAUAGUGAAUCUGAAAAGAAUGAAAAAGGAAGCCAUCCUAGUAGAGUCAUGGGUUUUGGAAACAGUGGCAGUGGAUCUGACGACAGCCUCGGAGGAGGCAGUGGAGGAGAUUUAAGAGGUUCACUCAGUAGUGAAUUAGAAAUCAAUGAAAAACAAAGUCAUGGUAGAGCAGUAGCAGAAUUCAAUAACAGAGACAGUGAAUUUGGUGGAAGACUUGGAGGAGAUUCAAACAGUGGUCUCAGUGGUGGAUCUCAAAGCAAUAUAAAAGAACACUUUGGCAGCGCAGAAGCAGGAUAUGGCAACAUAGGUAGUGAAUCGAGCAAUGGAAUUGGAAAAGUCUCAAGCAGUGGACUCGUUAUUGCAUCUGAAACCAAUAAAAAAGGAAGCCUUGGCAUUAAGGGUGUAGGUUACGGCAGCAUAGGCGGCGCAUCGAGCAGUGGGAUUGGAGAAAGUUCAAGCGGUGGACUCGGUGGUGUAUCUGAAAGUUAUGAAAAAGGAAGCCAUAGUAGCGAAGGAGCAGGUUUUGGUAACAGUGGCAAUGAACCGAGGAAUAGCAUUGGAGGAGGAUCAAGCAGUGGACUCGAUAGUGAAUCUGAAAAGAAUGAAAAAGGAAGUCAUCCUAGUGGAGUCAUGGGUUUUGCAAACAGCAGCAGUGGAUCUGACGACAGCCUCGGAGGAGGCAGUGGAGGAGAUUUAAGAGGUUCACUCAGUAGUGAAUUAGAAAUCAAUGAAAAACAAAGUCAUGGUAGAGCAGUAGCAGAAUUCAAUAACAGAGACAGUGAAUUUGGUGGUAGGCUUGCAGGAGAUUCAAACAGUGGUCUCAGUGGUGGAUCUCAAAGCAAUAUAAAAGAACACUUUGGCAGCGCAGAAGCAGGAUAUGGCAACAUAGGUAGUGAAUCGAGCGAUGGAAUUGGAAAAGUCUCAAGCAGUGGACUCGUUAUUGCAUCUGAAACCAAUAAAAAAGGAAGCCUUGGCAUUAAGGGCGUAGGUUACGGCAGCAUAGGCGGCGCAUCGAGCAGUGGGAUUGGAAAAAGUUCAAGCAGUGGACUCGGUGGUGUAUCUGAAAAUUAUGAAAAAGGAAGCCAUAGUAGCGAAGGAGCAGGUUUUGGUAACAGUAGCAAUGAACCGAGGAAUAGCAUUGGAGGAGGUUCAAGCAGUGGACUCGAUAGUGAAUCUGAAAAGAAUGAAAAAGGAAGUCAUCCUAGUGGAGUCACGGGUUUUGCAAACAGCGGCAGUGGAUCUGACGACAGCCUCAGAGGAGGCAGUGGAGGAGAUUUAAGAGGUUCACUCAGUAGUGAAUUAGAAAUCAAUGAAAAACAAAGUCAUGGUAGAGCAGUAGCAGAAUUCAAUAACAGAGACAGUGAAUUUGGUGGUAGGCUUGGAGGAGAUUCAAACAGUGGUCUCAGUGGUGGAUCUCAAAGCAAUAUAAAAGAACACUUUGGCAGCGCAGAAGCAGGAUAUGGCAACAUAGGUAGUGAAUCAAGCGAUGGAAUUGGCAAAGUCUCAAGCAGUGGACUUGUUAAUGGGUCUGGAAGUGAUAAAAAAGGAAGCCAUGAUAGUGGAGGAGCAGACCUUGGCAAUAGUGGUAGUGGAUCUAGUGGUAGCCUCGAAGGAGGCAGUGGAAAAAGUUCAAGCGGUAGACUUAGUAAUGGAUCUGAAAGCAACGGCCAAGGAAGCCUUAGCAGUGAAGGAGCAGGUUAUGGUAGCAUAGGUAGCGAAUCGAGCGGUGGAAUUAGAGAAAAUUCAAGCAGUGUAAUUGGUGGUGUAUAUGAAAGCUAUGAAAAAGAAAGCCAUGGUAGCGAUGGAGCAGGUUUCAGCAACAGUGGUAGUGGAUUGAGGGGUGGCAUUGGAGAAGGUUCAAGCAGUGGACUCAAUGAUGUAUCUAAAAGCAAUAAUAAAGGAAGCUACGGUAGUGGAGAAGCGAGUUUUGGCAACAGUGGCAGUGGAUCUGGCGUUAACCUCGGAGGAGGCAGUACAGGAGGUUCAAGCGGUGGACUCGGUAGUGGAUUUGAAAGCAAUGUAAUAGGAAGCCUUGGUAGUGCAAAACAAAGCUUCGGCAGCAUUGAUGGUGGCUUCGGAGUUGGCAUUGAUCGAAAUCGAGGUGGUAAUCUUAAUAAAGAAUCUGGAAGAAAUGGACAAGGAAUUUAUGGCAGUGGAGAAUCUUGGAUCAGUGGGAGCAGACAUGGCAGUGGCUUUGGAGAAGGUAGUGGUUUGGGCAGCGAUAAUGAUGGGUCUCAAUGGCUAGGUGGUAACCAUAGAUGGUCUGGCGGAAUAGGAGGUGGAUCAGGUGGUGGCUUAGGAGUUGGUGGUAGCUUAGGAGUUGGCAUUGAUCGGAAUCGAAGUGGCUUUGGAGAAAAUAAUGGUUUUGGCAGCGGUAAUGGUGGCUUUGGAUGGCUAGGCGGUAGCCAUAGAUGGUCUGGAGGAAUAGGAAGAGGAACAGGCGGUGGCUUAGGAGUUGGCAUCGAGCGAAAUCCAGGCGGUGAACUCAGUAAAGAAUCUGGAAGAAAUGGACAAGGAAAUUAUGGCAGUGAAGGAUCUUGGAUUAGUGGCAGUGGAUAUGGCCGUGGCUUCAGAGAAAAUAGUGGAUUGGGCAGCGGUAAUGGUGGCUCUGGAUGGCUAGGCGGUAGCCAUAGAUGGUCUGGAGGAAUAGGAAGAGGAACAGGCGGUGGCUUAGGAGUUGGCAUCGAGCGAAAUCCAGGCGGUGAACUCAGUAAAGAAUCUGGAAGAAAUGGACAAGGAAAUUAUGGCAGUGGAGGAUCUUGGAUUAGUGGCAGUGGAUAUGGCCGUGGCUUCGGAGAAAAUAGUGGAUUGGCCAGCGGUAAUAGUGGCUCUGGAUGGCUAGGCGGUAGCCAUAGAUGGCCUGGAGGAAUAGGAAGAGGAACAGGCGGUGGCGUAGGAGUUGGAAUUGAGCGAAAUCCAGGCGCUGAACUCAGUAAAGAAUCUGGAAGAAAUGGACAAGGAAAUUAUGGCAGUGGAGGAUCUUGGAUCAGUGGUAGUGGAUAUGGCAGUGGCUUUGAAGAAAAUAGUGAAUUGGGCAGCGGUAAUGGUGGCUUUGGAUGGCUAGGCGGUAGCCAUAAAUGGUCUGGAGGAAUAGGAAGAGGAACAGGCGGUGGCUUAGGAGUUGGCAUCGAGCGAAAUCCAGGCGGUGAACUCAGUAAAGAAUCUGGAAAAAAUGGACAAGGAAAUUAUGGCAGUGGAGGAUCUUGGAUUAGUGGCAGUGGAUAUGGCCGUGGCUUCGGAGAAAAUAAUAGAUUGGGCAGUGGUAAUGGUGGCACUAGAUGGUUAGACGGUGGCCAUAGAUGGUCUGGAGGAAUAGAAAGAGGAUCAGGCGGUGGCUUAGGAGUUAGCGAUGGCUUAAGUGUUGGUAGUGGAAUAAUUUCUAACAGAGGAAAUGGUGGAUUUGGAGCUAGGAGCAGUGCUGGUGGACCUAGAAGUUAUCCAGAUGGAUCCAGUUUAGCAACGGUCCAUGGAGACGGAAUCAGAAGUAGCCACGGUACUUUUUCAGGUAUUGAAAGCGGCAAUGGUGAGUUAGGGGGUUCUGGAGCAGAAGUUUUCAGUGGUUUCGGUGUUAGGAGACCUAGUGGUUAUGGGAUCCGCACUGGUAGUGGAGCUGACGGAGGCCAAGUCGGCGGAUCAGGAGGUUUUGACUUAAGAAGUCAAAGUAGUGGUGGACAUGGUGAUGGAGGUGGACUGGAUGGAUUUCUUGGCAGAAGUUAUGGUCUUACGGGCGGACUAGGUGGUGGAUUUACUGAAUCAAAAGGAUAUGGAAACUCUGGCUCCGCAAUUUCUAGUCGUAGUUGA